UCCGCUUUAUCUAUAUGAUGUUCAAUCACCCUCUGGGCUGUCGACUAGAGCAUCACGGAGUAACAAGGCUCGCGCUCAUAAUCCUGUGCAGCCUUGUUAGUCUCAUUAUUUGGAUGGGAACAUGUUUCGUCCUUUAUGCCAAGAGCGCCGACUUUCAAAUGGCUGCCGAAACAAAACCCAGCCCAUACAUUAACGACUGGCUACCUAAAAGAUAUGAAUGCGAUAUGGACCUGUUCAUCCGAGCCCCGGGCAACACGACGCGCUCGGCGGAGGAGCUAUGUCGCAGCCGCGGGGCGACUGUUGGGCGAUCCUAGUGUGCCGCAUCUUGCGACGGUAGGGGCGAUGUUGGGCUUUGUCUUCGUUCUUUUCUCACUACUGAGCCUAUUUUGCUUCGCCACCAGUCUAUACACACUUAUUAGAGCGGGGAUCAUCCCUAUCCCCUCGUGGUUCCGGGAGAAUAUUUUCGGUCAAAUCUCCAACCGCUCCACCGGUACCGUUUUUACUGCUCCGUUUUUCAUAUUUAUCUGGUUAUCUAUCUUGGUGCCUGUUUUCGCCUUGACCGGUGCAUCGGAACACAGGCCAGGAAUGAACCGCGAAAGCGCCAUCGCGUAUGAUUGGGAUUGUCGGGUGGUUCACGUGGCUAUCAGUCCAUGGCGGCAGUAUCGGGAUGUUUCAUUCGCACAAGGGGCGAGGAUCGCGAAGGCAUGGUUCAAUGCUUGAUGUCAGAUCAAAUCUGCAGGGUGGGCGGCGAUAUAUUCGUUCGCUGACAAAUCAAAUAUCGCAUAUUCGUCAAUAU